CGACGCCAUUUAGGUUCCUAAUAGCAACAGAAGCAGUCACCAAAGCUCCAGCUGGUCCACCCCAGAAGGAAAGAGGAUGUGUGUAAAAGGGAGAGAGCAUCUCCCUCAUUCGCAGUAGCAUUCAAGCCACAGCCCAGGCAGCCAGAGAGGAAGAGGGAUCUGCAACCCAGUGGCUGACUCACAAGCGACACAAGGAGCAGCAUCCAAGGCCAGCCUUGCCAAGUGGAAUCCAAAGGGGGAGGAAAUAGAAGGAAGAGGGAAGCCAGCUUGUUGGACAGGAGACCAGAGCCGACUAACAUCUCCCCUGAAGAAAGGCAUUGCCUUGGCUACUAUGACAGGCAGAAACUGAAGCAGAGCAAUCUGAUUUCUUUUUCUCAGGUUUUCUUCCCUUGUUGAUCAUCACAUACCUUGAAAAUCAUGCCUGAACAAAGCAAUGAUUACAGGGUGGUGGUAUUUGGAGCAGGAGGAGUUGGCAAAAGUUCACUGGUCCUGAGGUUUGUGAAAGGAACAUUCAGAGACAGUUACAUCCCAACAAUUGAAGACACCUACAGGCAGGUGAUCAGCUGUGAUAAGAGCAUAUGUACUUUGCAGAUUACUGACACAACAGGCAGCCAUCAAUUCCCUGCCAUGCAGCGUUUAUCUAUUUCCAAAGGACAUGCUUUCAUUUUGGUCUAUUCUGUCACAAGCCGGCAGUCCUUGGAGGAACUCAAACCUAUCUACGAACAGAUAUGUCAGAUCAAAGGGGAUAUAGACAGCAUUCCCAUCAUGCUGGUAGGAAACAAGAAUGAUGAGGACCACAACCGAGAGGUGCAGACCCCUGAUGGAGAAGCCAUGGCCAAGAAGUGGAAGUGUGCCUUUAUGGAGACCUCUGCGAAGACAAAUCACAAUGUGAAGGAGUUGUUCCAAGAGCUGCUGAACCUGGAGAAACGCCGGACUGUAAGUUUACAGAUUGAUGGCAAAAAAAGUAAGCAGCAGAAAAGAAAAGAGAAGCUGAAAGGCAAGUGUGUCGUCAUGUGAAGGCAGCAAUCUUGGAGCAUCCUUGAGACUUUCUCCUGACUAUACAGGUUUUAUGCCUAUAUACCACAUAGGGAAAGUAUGUGAGACUAUUUUAUUAUUGGCUAUUUGGAAAGGAAUAUAGUGCAACCAAUCAAAAAGUCAUCCUUUUAUAAAUUAGCCAUUCAUAACAAGAGUAGUUCCAAAGAAUCAGAGAUACCUAAUUUCAGCAUCCUAAGAAACAAAACUUCCAUAAUUAAGAACUUGCACCAGCAUCACUAUCACAUAUAAGGAACAGGAGUUAGUUCUUUAAAGAUUUAUGCUAAUGCUAUAUGUAGAAUUAUGAAAAUGCUUUGAAGAUGUCUAUAGAUACACUUCCAAAUGUAUGAAUGUACUGUAUAUACACAUGCAUAAGUCUAGAAAUGUUAUUCAAAAAUGGACACUGCAAAACUGAGUUGAUUUAUUUAAAGGCCAAUGUAAGUUAUAUCUCCCAGAUUUUUGUAAUUUCUUUGACAUCAUUUUCCUUUUCUUCAUCCUUUGUAUCCUUUGUUACAUGCCCCUAAGUUUUACCCUUGACUUAUUUACAAGUCAUAACAAGAUCCAUAGUUUUGGUACCUGGACCUGCCCUUGACUUAUACAUGAGGUUGACAUACAUACGAGUACAUAUACUAGUGUGUGCAUAGGCACAUAUAUAUCAAUAUACAUAUUUACACAUAUAUUUGGAAGUGUCUCUAAAUUUAGGAUUAAGGUAAAAUGGUAAUGCUGAAAUGCAGAAUUCUGUAUCUCCUAAAAUGCAGGUGAACAACCCUUGGUCUCUGUGAUGUAUAUCUCACCUUUGUGGCUCAUUGAGCAUCCCAGAAGUGUUUCUGUCUAUAUCCAGGGGUGUGGACCAGGCUUCAGUCCCUAGACCCCAUUAAUGUGUGGCUCCAAUUAUUUAUUCUUUUCACAACAUACAUCAUAGUUACUUUGUUUAUUUGUUUAUUUAUUUAUUUAUUUAUUUAUUUAUUUAUCCUAUUAUUUUUCUCCUAUCUUUCUCCCAAUAUAGACCCUCCAUCCAAGGCCCUCCAUUUGCAAAUAUCUCCUUUCAGACAUUACUCAUUAAUAGUCCAAGAUAAUGAGAAAAGGAUUAGGAUUGUGGAUACACUAGGGAUCUCAACAUACAGAGGAGGCUCCCUCUGCUUCAUCGGCAAUCGCCAGUGAAAUAGCAGGCAUACGGGGUUCCUCCUUUGCCCAUCACAUGUGGGAAAUGAGACAAGGCUCAUUGGUGCCCUAUCCCUAUCAGACAGGGGAAAGGGUGGCAAUGCAUAUUGCCGCAUUGCCCUUUCCCCCAUCAGAUGGGGAAAGGGAGAGAGAAAUGUGGGUAACUUGGUUGGAGCUACCAAAAGCCAUUUAUCUCUCUACUGUUGGCAAGGAGGCAUCUUGUGAUGUUUCCUUGCCGCUUCAGGGUUCAAUGGGAUGGGGCCAAGCCAGCGUUAUCUGAUGGCACCAGUGUUAUCUGAUGGUGAAGAAGAGUCGUGGGCAAGUUUACCCAUGUGUGAUGAGGUGGUAGGAGGAAAACUUACUUUUUGUCCAAAGGGUAAACUCUGCAAGGCAAAUUUCUACAGUACUUAACAUGCUAUUGAUAUAUUUUGAUUUUUAUCUUACAACACUCAUGACAAUCUAUUACCUAAAGGAUUUAAAGUUUACAUGCAUAUUAGCAGAAUUGCUGUUAGUAAUUGUAGGACAUCAUUAUCUAUUAUGAAUAACCAUCCAUUGGGGAUAGAGUUUGGCAUGUUUGGGUCCUCAUUUAACAUUCAAACUAAAUUCCAGGGUGAUUCACUUCUUCAUAGACAAGGAAACCACCAGUUGUCAGGGAUUUCAGUACCACAUACUUUAUUGAAAACACUUCCACACUUUAUAUAGUUUAUGCAUGAUUGAUACCUUCUCCAGAUGAUGGAGCCAGUCAAAUACACCUCUGUGAGUCUUCAUCCCAUUUCCCAAAAAUGAUACCAAUUCCCAAAGCUAGAAGUUAUCUCAUUUUCUAUUCUUCCUCUUGAUUGUGAUGCACUGAGACUGCUGUUAGAAAAGGGCAUUUUCUAUUUCUGUGCUCUUCCUAAGCAUAGGGAAGGUAUUUGUAUAGUUUUAUAUGAAGUCAGCUCUCUGUCUGACUGGCAGAAAAUGCACCCACUUUAGCAGGACAAUUAUUCAAUAUGCAACCACAUAAUUGGUUUGUUCUAUUUGGAAGGUGAUGCUUCAACCCAGGAAAGGUUUUUAUCUUUUCCACUUGGGAAUCUAUUCAGAAAACUGGCAAACUAAAUGACAGAAAUAUCAUUUGGAAACUAGGCCAAGAUUCUGCACUGAAGAAUAACUCCAUCAAUGCAAUUUCAUGUUCUCUGUCCUCAUCAGCUGCUGCCAAGGGCCAGAAAGAACUGGAGAGCCAGAAAUAGGAGGUGAUAUAGAUCAUGAAGAAGCAGUUGGUCUCAGCUUAUGGAGAAAUGAAACAAGGGUGCUUUCAUGGAUGCAGUACAUUUUCCUUCUCUUUCAAGCAGUCAUGUCUUCAUGGAAAGAAUGGCCUCCUAUUGCUUCCCUUUCCCACUGAUAAACAGCAGCAGCAGUUUUGGGACCCAGUACCAGGGCAAGAGAAUAAACUCCAGUGCCCUGUCCAAAAGGAGACACACAUAUAUGCAUGCAUGUGACAGCAGGUACUAUUGGUCAAGUUGUGAAAAGGGUCAGAACUUCAAGGAGAUUCUGUUUGGCUCCCUGGGGAGCCAAACAGUGCUUCAGCCAUCCAUGCUCUCUGCUUUCCCUUCCCCCUUACCUAUUUAUUUGGGUAGUAGAAGCCAUAUGGGCCAGCUCCUACACACCUAUGGAGCUAUUCUUUUCACAACAUUUCCUCUGCAUCCCAAGCCAUAUAUGCACAUGGAAGCCACAUCAAGAGCCACCUAGAUGGACAAAACCUCAUGCUAUAUGUUACUACUCUGUGGUGUUCUUGAAACUAGCUAUACUCCAAGUCUUACUAUAUAAAAUAGUAUCAUGAUUUUAUUAUUUCAAACAGUUGUACCCCAUCCUUCUCAACCCCUGAGGAGGGGACUCAGGGUGGCUUACACCGGCAACAAUUUGAUGCCAUCACACAACAUAGCAAUAGAACACAAUUUAAACAUUGAUUAAAACAUUAAAUAUAAAUAGGCAAUUAAAAACAUUGUUAACAAUAAUAUGGCCACAUCCAAGUUUGACUCAACAUUCAGGGACUUAGUUCAAAGCCUGUCCUUUUCUGUUGCCUACUGCUGGUUAAGCAAAGUACCCAUCUUAAAUUUGAAGAAUGUCUUUUGUAUCACUAGGUACAGUUUUAUCCUUCUUGAUUUGGCUCCCUUCACCAUGAUUGUUUUGGACAGGAGCAUGUGGGAAGGGGUUGCAUGCCAACCUAGUUACAUUUGGAAUAGUGCCACUAAAGUCAUUGGCAUUUAAAUUAGUCAAGAGUAAAUCAAGGCUCAUUUUCAGUGGGUCUGCUCACUCUAAAUGCAGCUAAACUUGGUUGUCUAAUGGCAGUACAUUCACAUUAAUGCUAAGGCACCAAGGAUCAAUGGGUGGCCUCUGCAGUACAGUACAGUGAGACCCUGGUUUUCACUGGUGUUUGGUCCUAGGACUACCCCUCCCCCCAAAUUCAUGGAUGCUCAAGCCCCAUUAUAUACUAUGGAAUAGUAAAAUGGUGUCCCUAUAUAAAAUGGCAAAAUCAAGGUUUACUUCGGUGGAUUUAAAAAAAAUUUCAAGUUGUGGRUGGUUGAAUCCAUAGAUACAGCAGGCCAACUGUUUAAUAGUUCUAAAAUAGAAUAGCAGACAGCAGAAGAAGGAGGGGCUUUAGCAAAGUGUGGCAAGAUAUUUAUGGAUGUGUGGAAGGGGGGGGGGUUGGUUAAAGAUCCCUAGCAUGGCAACUGUGACGUUACGAGGGUGCCCUGUUUUCAUCAUCAGAACAUCAGAGGGUUUGUAACUGUGAGCCAUCCCACAAAAUAUCCUUGUUCCAAGAGAACUACCAGUAAAUAUUUAUGAAAAUGCUUCAAAACAUUUUUACAUUUUACAUGGAUAGCUCAUAGGCAUGGACUUCUUCAUUCUCUCUUACUCAGGCCACCUCUGCACUUUUCUCUCUUACAAAUAUGCAUCAUCUCCCAAGAGAAAGCUGGCACAAAUCCUUCUUAACUUCAUUGCAGCUUAUAUAAUGGGAAGAAAGGUUCAGUUUGCCUUAUCCUGAAAUGCUCUCAGUGAUUGCAGUCCUAAUCCAUUUGUAGCAACUCAGAGAAUCAAAUUUAAACAUUGAGCUGCUCUAUUUCAAAAUAGUUUCAGAUAAUUUUUCAUGUAAAGACCUGUCCUGUAAGUCAUGGGAGGUGGGGCUGGUCUAAUGUUAUGCUGUUGUUCCAUGUACAACCCCCCUUUUUGUCACAAUAUAACAAGCCAUGGUUAAUGUCUCAUGCCCUUGCAUUUUAUCAGUGCAGGGCUUGCAGACAAGCAAUAUUUAUUCCUGGGCCAGUAAUUUUGAGGAGGAUACAUUUUAUAAUAUACCCUUCUGUUGUCCUUGUAAUUUAUAAUAGGUUUUACAUAUAUAUGUGUUUAUCGAAAUAUUCAUUCUGCUUUGCUAUUACUGAUAUAAUUUUUAAAAAAUGUAUAGAAAAGAGAGAGAAAGGGAAGGAAAUUCUUGGGGAAAAUAAUUAUACAGCUUUAUUAUAUUUUGUGGUUUAUUUCCAUGUGCAAUAGUAAUAGACAUGAAUUGUUUAAAAAUCUAUGUACACAAAAGGAUGACCUGUUUAAAACCUUCAGAGAAUUUUAGCAUCGUGGCAAUAUUAAAUGGAUAAGUAUGCUGCUCACAAAGCAUGAAUUUUCUGUACAUGAGCAAACUCUUAAGAUAUAUAGCUGUUUAGUGUAAUUUAUUGUUGCAGUUUCAUUAUCUAGUUAUCAUGUAAUUCAUGUAUAAGUUUCAUGUGAUAUUCUGUAUAUAAGAUAUGGAAAAUAAACAUUUUAAAUUACAAA